AAUAUAAUUUCCUAAAAUCUGUAAAAAAAAACAACACUUUUUAUGUGAUUUUAUGUUCUUUAAACUAUGGAUCCAAAUUAUAUUUUAAGUAGAUUUUUCACUUGUAUAAUUAUUUUGAGUCACAUUGACGCCAAGCCCUUAUUCAACCUGGAGCCUAAUAUAAAGACAGUUAUCUCUAGGCAAAAUGUUGAUACGCCCAGUGAAAAUAUCUCGGGCGAUCAAGAAGUCGUUAAGAAAAACGUCAUCUUGCGACUGUCUAAAAGUGGAUUAAAGCAAGGCGGAGCAGCAGCAGCUGAACCAGCAUUAAAGCCAGAGGUCCAGACACUUGCAGUGGAAUCACGGGCAGACAGGCAGCAGCACGCAACAGGUCACACAACAAAACAGACAACAGAGGUAAAAGAGGAAAGAGAAACGGAAUGGACUAUCUCAAUACCUAGAUUCAAGCUUGAUGCCAUGGGCAAAUGGAUGUACAAUCCAUGGGGCGUCACAUAUGGACAAGUUUGGGAGGAUACGCGUUUCAAUGUCAAUGCUGUCGUCACUAUUCCACGAAUAACAAAAGCCGAUAGCCCCCAGCAGAAUUACUACCCAGAGGACAAUAAUUUAGGUGAAGUAUGCGCUGGCAGGUCGACAGUCUACAAUGUUCCUAAGAUCAAGGACUGGCUCACAAUCUUUCCCUAUGGGAGUGUGCACGACAACAGGCCCAUCAUGAAUGAUCUCCGCAGGAACCUAUUUAAAAAAGGCAACGCCGAGCAAUGCCAUACAAAGGAUUUUGUCCAGUUCCGAGAGUUUCAGGAGUGCAUGCUAAGGCGCAACCAACGCCUGGAAUACUAUAUUCCGAAGUACCCAUUGCAUCAACUUGUAAAAAGUUAAUUUUGUAAUGAAUUGUAAAUGCUUUUG